AUGAUUUCUAGCAUCCACGACUUUUUCAUCCCAAUACUGGCCUCAAGCUCGGAUUCCGACGACGGUGGUGGCCGAGGAGAAUCUCCACCAGCCAAGAGAGCUCGAACCUCUCUAAUCUUAGACGGCCAAUCUACAUCAUCAAGUUCAUCAAUAACACUCGCUCAAUUCUUCGAUCCACAUUUAUCGAUGCAUACGCAUAAUUCAAAUCCAAAUUCAACAACAAUAAAUUCAACUUCUUCGUCCACUACUUCAACAUCUCCAAAUAUUGCUUCAUCUACCAUCGCAUCGUCUUCAACAAAUACUAAUAACAGUUCAAUGACGGCGAAUGAUUCUUCUAGUAUAGUAACUUCCUUUCCAUUAGCAACUGAGCAAUCAGCUUCCAAUGGUGCUGCAAAUAAUCCUGUUGUAGAAAAUAUUGAACAAAUUGAUAAUAGUUCGUCUAAUGCACCAUCAUCAUCGUCGUUACCAUUUUGUGAUCCUGAACGUUUAAAACAAACUCAUAAACAUAACUGUGAAAGACAUUUAAAUCAUCAUUGCAAUGGUGUGACAAAUACGACACAAUCAUCAAAGAACAAUGGACAUGACGAGACAGGUUUCAAUGGAACGACGUCAGAAAAAAUUACCAGAUUAAUAUCAACAUCAACACAAACAGUAUCAGUAUCCUCAUCGUUAAGUAAUUCUAUUACAUGUACAAAAACAUUUACCAAUAGCCAAAAAGAAAUACUUCGAUUAAUCGGACAACAUCUACAAAGUGCCGGAUUAAAUAAAACCGUUGAAACACUUAUACAAGAAUCUGGAUGUAUCUUAGAACAUGAACACGCGUCUCAUUUUCGUGAAUUGAUUAUGUCAGCCAAAUGGUCAGAGUCAAUGAUUGCAUUAGAAAAAUUGAAAACUUAUAUUGAAGAACAUGAUGGAAUAUUGCAAAUGAAGUAUCUAAUAUUAGAACAAAAAUAUUUUGAAUUAAUUGAAGAUAGUCAGCCAAUGGAAGCAUUACACUGUCUUCGACAUGAAAUACAAGAACUGCGUAUAAGAACAGAGAGAACACAUGAAUUAACAAAGUAUCUUAUGUUCAGUUCACCUAAAGAAAUGAGAAGUUCAGCUAAUUGGAGUGGAAAAGGGUUUGUAUCAAGACAAAAACUGAUGGAAAAACUUCAAAAAUUUUUACCACCCGAUGUCAUGUUACCACCAAAACGUUUAGAAUCAUUAUUAACUCAAGCUGUUGAGUUACAACAAGAACGCUGUACAUAUCAUGUAAAACCAGGCAAAUUGACGCUUGAUGAUGUAACUUUAUUGAAAGAUCAUGUUUGUACAAACAUACAAAUAUUGAAUGAACAUGCUGAUGAGGUAUGGUUUUGUAAAUUUUCACCAGAUGGAACAAAAUUAGCAACGGGAUCGAAGGAUGGCUAUUUACAUAUUUAUGAUGUGGAUUUACAAACUUAUAAAAUGAAAUUACGUAAACAAUUUGAUGGACAUUCAUUUGGUAUUGGUUGUAUUGCCUGGUGCCCAUUUAGUCGUUAUGUUAUCGCCUGUGGCACAGAUGAAUGUACUGAACUUUGGAUUUGGGAUGUUGAGCGAGAAGAACAGCGAUCACGGAUGAAUCAUACAUCGGACGAUAGUUUAACAUGUGCUGCUUGGCUACCUUGUGGUCAGCGUUUUGUUUGUGGUGGAUCAAGAGGACAAUUUUAUUACUGUGAUAUUGAAGGAAAUGUCAUUGAUAGUUGGGAAGGUGUUCGUUUACAAUGUCUACAUGUGACAACAGAUGGUGUUAUUUUAGCAGCUGAUGCUCAAAAACGUAUUAGUUCUUAUAAAUUUGAUACGCUAACUGAUCAGCAGUUAAUCCAUGAAGAUCACCCAAUAAUGUCUUUUGCAGUAAGCAAAGACGGUCGUCUUGCAUUACUAAAUAUAGCUACUCAGGGAGUUCAUUUAUGGGAUUUAGAAGAUAAAGUACUUGUGCGCAAAUAUCAAGGUGUUACACAAGGACAUUAUGUCAAUCAUGCCACAUUUGGAGGGCCUAAUGAAGAGUUUGUUGCAAGUGGGAGCGAAGAUUCAAAAGUUUAUCUCUGGCAUCGUCGUCAAGAACGUCCAAUAAUGAUAUUCUCAGGUCAUACAAGAACGGUUAAUUGCGUAUCAUGGCAUCCAACAUUACCAUUACUAUUCGCAUCUGCCUCAGAUGAUGCAACAGUGAGAAUAUGGUCAACACCAGAGCAUCAACAAAAAAUUGAAUCUUCAUCUGGAAGUGAAUCAUCCUGA